AUGGCAGAUGACGAAAGCUCUGCAGGCUCCGAGAGCGAAGUUUCCUCCAACGGCGAAGAAAUCGAACACGAUGAGGCCGUCGAAGGCCGCCGGCAGGCACGAAUGCUGCGAAAAGUUCUUACUCGCUUGGAGGGAUCGGUCCUGAGGGCUUGGCGCAAGGCCUUCGAUGCCGAGGGCGAUGGCCGCAUCAACGAGUUCCAAUUCGUGCGGCUCUGUCGACAGGUCAAAUUCUUAGGUGAUCCAUGCCUGGUCUUCCGUUUCUUGGACGAUGACAGCUCAGGUGAGCUUACGCUGGAAGAAGUCCAUAAGGAGCAGAACGACCUUUGGGCGGCUUUUGUUGAUUUUUGUGCAGAGAACUUCGCCGGAUCACUGGACAUGAUCCAGAAGCUGAACGGUGCCGGCGAGCGGAGAGUCAGCUCAAAGCAUUUUCAAGAAGGUCUGCACCGAUAUGGAUGGACAGGCGGUUACGAGCUCCUCCUUUUCGAUGCAGUUGAUCUUGGAGGCGAUGGAUUUAUCGAGUCUGGGGACUUGAAGUGGUUGGACAUUCAGCAGAAGCGAGCAAAGGUCAAGCGCACCGCGCGGCAGCGUGCAAUGAGAGACCGUAAGAAGCAAACCUGGGAUCCGAAACUCGUCAUGGAGACCUUGGCAGACUUCAAAAAGCACCUACGACGCACGUACGGGAGCUACUUGCGAGCCUGGCGGCUGGUCCUGAGCCCCAACGACUCAGUGACGGUGUCCCGCACGCAGUUCCUGACCGCCUGCUCGGCUCUGGGAUUCAAGGAUGCUGGCAAAGUUCUCUGGCGCGCCUUUGGAAGGGACGAGCUGAGCCCCAUCUCGCUGGACUUCUUGGAUCCGGAGUCUGCUGAAGUGCUGGCGCAUUUCCAGCAGCUUGUUCAGCAGCUGGGUGGCGUAAGCGCUGCUUUCCGUGUCUUCGACAAGAAGGAUGUGAAGCGAAUAAAGAUGCCAGAGUUCAUCUCCACUCUGAAUUCUCUGGAUGCAUCCUUGCCAGCAAAGCAGUUGUUCUACGGCUUGGACACGGAUGCAAAUGGUCGGCUGGAAAUUGAGGACUUCAAAUUUUUGGAGAAGUGGAAGCUUCCAGAGUUUCUCAUCGCAAGUCCCAGCGAAGAGGCCAAGGAGGAGGUCAAGCGAGACCUACUCGUGACCUACAAGACCUACUUGAAAGCUUGGCGACUGGCCCUUGAUGAAAACAACUCCAACAGGUGCACGUGGCCGGAGUUCCAAUCCGCGUGCCGGAAAGUGAACUUCACAGGUGAUGUCGCAGGGGCUUGGCGUGCUUUGGACACCGACCUCUCGGGGAGCAUCACCCUUCAGGAAGUCGACUACGAAUCCUCUGCCACGUUGGCCACUUUCAAGAAAUGGGCAGAUGAAAACUUCGGUGGAAUUCGAUCAGCUUUCAUGGUCUUUGACAGCGAUGGGUCGAAUGGCGUCACACUCCGGGAAUGGCGCCAUGCUUGCCGGAUUUAUGGCUUCCACCAGGGUGCCUCCAGCCUUUUCAAGCAGCUCGACGCUGAGGGUGUGGGCUCCCUGUCGCUGGACCAGGUUGCAUUCCUGGAUGAUUGGGACUUUCAGCCGGAAAAGACAGCGAUGUCCACAACACCUUCGCAGCACUUGCCGGCACGGACAGAGCGGAAAGUCGCUCCUGGCGGCUUUUCACAGCCACAAAGCCCUGCGGCAGCUGGUGCGAAGCACAAAAUCUUGCGUCGGCCACAAGGGCUGGCGCUUCCCAGCCGAGUGGUUUGGGGCGAGCUUCCGUGCAAGCGCCCGCGGCCUCCACCGCGCGGGCCAGGAACGGGCCUGCCACGGGCGUGGUGUUGCAAAUGCCGUGCCCGUGGCCCAUGCCGCCACUUUGCUCGUGCAGACGGUGUACGGUCUCUGGCCCCGUCCCCGCGAACUGCUGGCUAUGACGCCCUCAUGUCGCCGGACCCGUUGGAGCCACCAGCAGUGAAGUACUCGAGAUACCGCUGGCUCAGGGAAAGGAUCAAACCAUCGACGACCAGGCGGCCGCAUACGAGUCCAGCAGUUCCUGGCUCUGAACUACGAGGCGGCGUGCGUGCUGAAGUGGAAGGUGAGGCGAGCGAGGAACGACUGCAUGAAAUGUCCAUCGCUUUCCCAGACCUGGCGAAUUCGCAGAGGUCCAGUGACUCUUUGGGUGCCCAGGUCCAGCUUAUGGCACUGCAGCACUUUCCAAUGGGCACCUGGGACUUUCCGUUGCCUUUCUUGGCCUCCUCGCCGUCGCGGCAGUUGCUGCUCCAGGCCGUUUGA